AUGCCGCCCGCGCCGUACACGCGCACGAUGGAGGCGACCGCGUACAGCAGCGACUGGCGCUCGUGCGGAUGGACCUGGGGCCUCUCGCUCGGCCCGCUGCCGUUCUACGUCCCGCUCUGCCUCGGCACGCGCCCGAGCGGGACGCGCGAGUGGCCGCUCGUGCCGCGCCCGCGUCGCGACGUCGCGGACGCCAAGGCGGACCUCGCGCUCGGCGGGCUCGCGCUCGCGUGCCUCACCGCGCUCUCCGUCGCGUCCGGCGCGCUGCUCGACGGCUCGUUCCUGAGACGCCGCGCGGCGAUCGCGGCGCGCGGACGCGUCGCGCGCGCGGCGGCGCUCGGCGCGGGCGUCGGCGCGACCGCGUUUCCGAUCGGACGCUACUGGGCCGAGACCGACCUCGCGGGGCUGCCGUACAGCGGCGCGACGGCGUCGGGGAAGCAGCCGCGCGCGAUGCGGCCGCCGAUCACGCGCGUGAACCCGCUGACGGACCCGAUCGCGUUCGCAUCGCGCGUGCUGACGCUGCAGUGGGGGCCCGUGGACGGGUCCAUCGCCGCGGACACGAGCGUGUAUCCGUUCGGGACGAGGAUGAAGAUCGAGGGGAUGGGGUGGGGGGUCGUUGAAGACCGCGGGGGGGGGGUCGUGGGGGGGGAUAGGAUAGACAUUUACGUGAGGCGGAGGAAGCGCGCGCUGGAGUUUGGAAGGAAGAGGGUCGAGGUCACGGUGCACCCGCCGCCGGCGGGUCGUUGA